UGGAUUCAUCAUCCAUGGGUACACGCCUUUGUUUUCCUGGCCAAUGAGAGUCGAAUGCGCUGUGAUUAGCACCUGAUUAGCACCUGAUUAGCACGACCCAGGCCAGGACAUAUUUUAAUGCUAGAAUUGUUUUGUUGUCUUGUUCAGUGAGCAGGAAGCAGGGAGAGAAGAGGCAUAGGAUUGCAGAAUAUUAAGAGGAUAAAUCCACUCCACUUCAUCUCCAUGGAUCUCUCCCUUUCACCCUCUGUUUCUGACACUGUCUGUGUGCUCUGGGGCUGUGAGCUGAAUGACACCCAGAGAAAGGCAGUGUUUGAAAUAGCGGAGGAUUUGUUGGAGCAUCAGUUCUUUAUCCGAACGAUGUGUCUGAGUGCAGAGGCCAGUAAGGAGAUGCAUGUGGUGGAGGUACAGGACAGAGUUGGGGAAUGCUGCAAGCCAGUGCCCAUUGCCACACUUCACCCUAUGUGCCAACCUAUGGUCAGUUUCAGUGGGUUUGAGCUCAUCCCACCUGUCAUCUUCAACCUUCGCUCUGGGCAGGGCCCCCUCUUUAUUUCUGGACAGCAUUUGACAUUGGAGGAGUAGGAGGAGGAGAAGGAGAAGGUCUUCUCAACAACACCCCCACUUGAUCACAGUGGUCUUCAAUAACAUGAUCACAUUUGAAGGACUUCAAUAAAACACAGCACUAAAAGUAGAACCUUUGAGUUUCGUAU